AUGGCUGCUACUAUCGCUCAAGACACCAUCGCUAGCAAGGAGGAAGGUCCUUCAUCCGAAUACGUCGAAGGUUUCGCAUCAACCAAAAAUGGAUUUGCCGUCCAUGAGUCUGGAAGAAGGACCCGUGAAGAAGAGAAUAUUGAGAGAAAGUUGGUCUUAAAGAUUGAUUUCUUUGUACUGCCAGUGCUAGCUGCAAUAUACUUCCUUGCUGCCAUGGACCGUGGAGACAUUGGGAAUGCCAGCAUUGCAGGCAUGAAACAAGCAUUGAACCUAAGUCCGAAUGAAUAUGCCAAUUCAGUGGCUUUCUUCUAUAUCGGUUACAUUGUGUUUCAACUUCCGGGGAAUCUCUUACUUAGGAAGAUAACACCUCCUAUGCAAUUGAGUGGCGCACUCAUUGUUUGGGGGACAUUCACUGCUUUGAUCUCGACAUCGCGUCAUUAUGCCGCCGUUGCCGGCCUGCGAGUUGCUAUAGGUGCUGCGGAGGCAUUUGUCCAGGCAGCACCACUAUACCUCACAUUCUGGUAUAAAAGGGAGCAACUUGCAUCUCGAGCCUCUAUAUUCUUUUCCAUGAUGGCGCUCGCCGGAAGUGCCAAUGGACUUAUUGCAUACGGUAUCACGGAAACACUCGCAGGGGCACAAGGAAUCUCAGCGUGGCAAUGGAUCUUCAUAGUCGAAGGUGCUAUCACUAUCGCAGUUGGUGUUUUUGUUUACUUUAUCUUACCGCCGGUUCCAGAGAAACUUCGCUGGGGGUUUAGUCAAGCUGAGAAAGAUAUGGCAUUGCGUCGCUCUCGAGAAGCUUUCAAUUCAGAAAAUGCUUCAGUAGUACCCCAUCAGCUUUUGGCAUUGUUGAAGGAUCUAAAGAUGUAUCUCUACAUUCUGCUUUACUCUUGCACCAACGUCAAUCUAGCUGCAGUAGCUGGAUUCCUUCCGAUUAUAAUUAACUCUCUUGGCUACAGUUCUGUGCGCUCUCAAGUCCUAACCAUACCAGUCUAUGCCUGCGCUGUUGUAGCCCUGUUGCUACUUGGUUUUUCAUCGGAUCACUUUCGGUUGCGUGGCCCAUUCCUUGCCAUUUGCUACAUAAUAAUUUCUGCUGGCUGGAUUAUACUUCUGGUUAGCAGCUCUGAUCAUGCCUGCUUAGCUGCCCUGUAUCUUGUGACGAUGGGAACCUAUCCAUCUGUUAUUCUAACGAUAGGAUGGAUGAGCUCGAACUUUAUCGGAUACACAAAACGAGCCGGGGCCUUGGCGGCCAUCAACAUGGUUGGCCAAUGUUUCUCCAUAGCAGGAUCCAAAGUCUUCGACGACCCUCCGGUAUACCGAAAGGGCAAAGCAUUUUCCUUGGCAUUCUCCUUGCUUGGCUUGAUUGUUUCAAUCGCAUUGGUCGUAUACCUGCGCUGGCAGAAUGCGCGAAAAUCUGCCCGCCAAAAUUCAGCUGAAGCUGCAGAAAAACGAGCUAUGACGCUGGAAGAGAUUUGUGAUGACCAUCCUGAUUUCAUGUAUUGGUUGUAA